AUGGCAACACGAGGUGCCGCAGGGUGGCGCCGCGGGGAGCAACGCCGAGUUGGGCAAGGCCGUGUCAUCCAUCAUCAGGUGGUGGCCAGACCAGCAGCAGCCCGGCGCGACGCAUACGAGCGUCCGAUUCACAGCCCAGCCAUGUUGAUGCGUCCCGUGGUGCCGGCGCUGCCGGGGGGGCCUCCCAGGGAAGCCAAUUCCAUCCGUCCAAGCCUGCGGAGAAGUUACCCGCUGGGACAGGCAGACGCUGCGCCGCUGGAAUCAAUCCACGGCGACUGCAGGGGGGGUUCCUGGUCCUGCGCUCGCGCCCGCUGUCCGAGCUCCCGUCUUUCUUCAGCGCCGUUGACGAGAGCCACGGUGUGGGACGCUGUGUGUUGUUGGUCCACCGAGGCGAGGCAAGGGGCAAUGGGCGCAUCGUGCGUCGGAGCCAGCGUGGCGGAUCGCACGCGCGAUGCCCAGAUCACGCUGACCAACACAAUAAGAUCCAUGAGCGCGAGAGCGUGCAAGGAUUUGGAUUCGGAUUUGUUGGCUCGGCACGACGCAGCACGACAGCGACAACGUGACGUGAGGCGAAGCAGCCCAGCCCGCCCACCUCGAAAAACGUCCAUUCUUGGGAGACGUGCUAGUUGCGGACGGACGUCGUCCGCGCCAUUACACAAAGCGACUAAUCCGUCCAUCCAUCUGCCGGAGAAUGCUGCGAAAAUUCAAACCCAGGUGAUGCUGCCCAUGGUGUUAUUCUCCUAUUCUCCUCUGCUAUCCCAAUCCUUCAGCCGCAGCCUCUGCCUCUCCCUGACCGGCCGGCGACUGACGGUGGCCGCCGCGGCGGCAACGGCGGGGCGGCUCGUUUACAAGGCCCGGCGGCGACGGAUAAGUGAGGUACGUACCCCGUAG